UGCCCUUUGUUGACAGAGGGAGCUGUUUGCAAAAUGUCGGGUCCACUCGUGAAUAAUUUUGAAGUACCUUCUUGGGCAGGAAAACCAGCCCCAGGUCUACAUUUAGAUGUUAUGAAAGAUGGAAAAUUGAUACAGAAAUUGAUGGUAGAUGAGAAAAAGUGUUAUUUUUUUGGUCGUAACAAACAGAUGUGUGAUUUCUGUAUUGAUCAUGCCUCAUGUUCACGUGUACAUGCAGCUCUUGUUUGGCACAGACAUCUAUCCAGACCCUUUCUUAUAGACCUUGGCAGUACCCAUGGUACAUAUAUAGGACAUAUUAGACUUGAAUCACGGAAACCACAACAAAUACCUAUAGACAGUGAAUUACACUUUGGAGCUUCCACAAGAAUUUAUACUAUUAGAGAAAGGCCACAAAACAUCGGACAAGGUGAUGAGCCUGAAAAACAAGGAGAAAAAGAUGGAAACCUUCUAGGCUUACCAGAAAAUGAAACAGAAUUAGACAAUCUAACAGAGUUUAAUACAGCUCAUAACAGACGUGCAAUGCCACUUACAGAAAAUAAAGAUGUCAAAAAUCCUUUAAAAAGGAAACAUAAAGGUGUUCAUAUUUCAUUCAGUGAAGAAGAUGAUAUCAUUAAUCCAGAGGAUGUAGAUCCAUCAAUCGGAAAGUUCAGAAAUCUUAUAUCAACACAUGUCAUAGCAACAAAGCGACCGAAGAUAGAACAUGGUUUACAACAAGGUUCAAUGACAGACAACAUUACAAAACGUUUACAAAGUUUCUCAUAUUCUCAUAGUUUAUAUGACAAUGUGCCGGGAUCUGGAUUAACUGCAGCAAGUUCAUUCAGUAUGGCAGCUAAACUUGGUGUACCAUUACCUAACCUUGCACCAGAUGUCAAUGAAGAAAUUGUUGUACCACAAAUAAAUCCAUUGCCAUCUGUGACAAUGACAGCAGAAGACAUUUCAAAGGAGCCAAAGAAAAAGAAGUAUGCAAAAGAAGCAUGGCCGGGAAAGAAACCAACGCAUUCAUUUCUUGUGUGAUAAUUACAUCAAAAUAUUUAUGGUUUUUAAAGAGGUUUACAAUCAGUGUAUUACUGUAGGACAGGAUGGUUGUCUCUUACUUCAAAAGUAAAAUGAUAAAUUAAGCAAAAUGUUUCAAGAGGUUAUCUAAAAGAGGAAUAUCACGGAGGAUCUGUGGGUCAAGAUAGCUGCUGUGGAAUAUUUGGAAUGUAGGUGAAAGCUGGAGUAAAAUUUGAACAGUGUAAAUACUGUUCACUUUUUGAAGUCUAACCAGUUUGUAUUGUAAAGUUAAGAUACACUAUCAUUGGGUGCUGAAUUAAAGUGAACAGUUUGGCACUCGGCAUUCCCCUAAAAGUUUGGAGAAGUAUUAUGUCAUAAGAAAGCAAAUGGGAUAUGUAAUGAAAUUUCAAUGUGUUACAUUGACUUGCUGUGUACUGAUCUUGGAGAUGACUGCUGUUAUGUUAAAAGGUUUUCAAAAUUAAAGUUCCGAAUUAAGCUGCCUAUAGAAUAGUCUGUUAAGCCAGCACAUACUUGGUUUAAUAAAUCAUACUACUACUAGCAUGAUAGGCUUCUCUUGAUGCAGCUAGCACUUUAAAGGUAGCAUUUAUAAGACUGGAAACUUUAAUUUUUAUGUUGAAUGUCUUCACAUUUGUAGAUGGUGUUUUUAUCUUUUCAUUUAAUUUUUAUUGAAUCAUGCAAUUAUGGCAGCUUUAAAUGUAUAUUUGUUUACGUGUUAGUGUUUAAACAGAAUAUGAUUAUAACUGAACCUUUGAAUUCAUUUUUCUUUAUCACAUGUGGGUUUCAACAAAAAUAUAUGUGUAUACU